AUGGCUUCAGAGAAGCAAGGUGGGGACUUUACAGCGGGCAAUGGUACUGGAGGAGAGUCUAUAUACGGCGAGAAAUUUGAGGACGAAAAUUUCACGCUCAAGCAUACUAAACCCCUGUUGCUAUCCAUGGCAAAUGCAGGCCCUGGUACCAAUGGUUCUCAAUUCUUCGUCACAACAGUACCUACUCCACAUCUUGACGGCAAGCACGUUGUUUUCGGGGAAGUACUAGAUGGAAAAAGUAUCGUUCGACGUAUUGAGGGACUUAUUACCCAGAGCGACAAACCAACCAAAGAUGUCACCAUCUCUGACUGCGGCCAGUUGUCGGAUGAGGAAGCGAAAGAUGUGGGUAAAAAAGCUCCCGAUAGUACGGGAGAUCCGUAUGAAGACUUUCCUGAGGACCAAGGGAAGGAAUUCAAAGCCCCAGAAAUCGCUCAGAUCGCUACCGAACUUAAAGACUAUGGGAACAAGGCAUAUAAAACUGGUGAUCUAAAUCUUGCUCUCUCGAAAUAUCAAAAGGGGCUUCGCUAUCUGAACGAGCAUCCAGAGUCGCAGUCAGAGGAACCUGCAGCGCUCACCAAGGAGCUUACACAGCUGAGGUUCACUUUGCAUUCGAACUCUUCACUGCUACAGAUCAAGCUCAAAGCAUACCAGGAGGCCCAGAGCAGCGCCGAUAAUGCAUUGCAAAUUGACAAUGAGGGAGCAGUAUCGAAUCAAGAUCGUGCAAAGGCCACAUAUCGUAAAGCACUCGCUCUUCUUGGUCUCAAAGACGAUGACGGAGCUGUGAAAAGUCUUGAAACAGCGCAGAAGCUGGCGCCAGGCGAUGGAGCAAUCACAAAGGAGCUCGGUGCAGCAAAGCAGAAAGCAGCAGAUCAAGCGAAGAAAGAAAAGGCUGCUUACAAAAAGUUUUUCGACUAA